AAUAAUUCUUUUUACAGCGGUGGGGGCUCCGGAGACUGUACGGUGGCCAUAUUUGAUAGAUUUGUGCAAUGCAGAAAGCGAGAGGUGUUGCGUGUUGUGAUCUUGCAAGUGACAGUGACAUCAGGCGACGCAAGUCGGCGGCCGGGUUCGUGACUGAUCUGGACUUUGAGGGGGGAGCCAUCCAGAGAGGGAGGGGGCAGACGGGAAGAGAAACAAACAACUAACAAUAUAACUUACAUGCAGCCACACACCCCUUUUUUCUUGUAACAAUGUGUACGUUUUUAUGGAGGGAGGGGGCGCGCAGAGUGAGAAAGAGAGACGGGGAGAGAUAGAGAAAGGAGGAGGGGGUACGUUCUGAAAUAAUAUAGUCAGCCAUUUUUUAUGUAAGGGGAUUUUUUCUUAUUGGGGGGGUUGUUAAAAAAUAAAUAUAAGAGGGCGGCCAUCUUUGUUGCUCUGCCUAGUGUAAAAUAUUCCAAAACGCCCCCCACUUUUUUCUGUGCCGAUUUGAAUAUUAAAUAAAUAUCAUAUAAUCGGACAAGAAUUCGCUUUUUGAAUACAAGGACGGCGCCAAUGACAGGAAUAUAAUGUCAUCUCCUCUCCGCUCCUGUGAGGAAGAAGAGGGCAUGGUGGUUAAUUCCGAGGGAGGGGAUUUUGAUGAAGAAGACGACGAGGGAGAACUAGACGAAAACACUAGCGACAUAAACUCACCGGCAGCGCUUCGGGAAACUGCAACAACCGCCACUGGCGCGCCAGGUGAUGAGUGUGACUUAUCAGACAGAGAGAUUCCCACAAAGAAAAAAGGCCGCCCAAAAAAAAAGAAAGACAUCAAGAAGAAAGAAAAAGAUGGCAAACCAGUAAAAACAAAAAAGCGAAAAAAAGAUUGUACUGAUAUAGAACGAGACUCAGACAGAGAAAGAGACAGGGACUUUGGGAACAAUUCGGACAGUAUAGCCAGUGACUAUGGAUCCGGGGAGAAAAAGAAAAGGAAGAAACAUAAAGAACGUAAAGAAAAGAAAACAAAAAAGAAGAAAAAAGAUGAUGGAGACCGGGACAGUAGUCAAGAGGAGACUACAAAGCAACCCAUUGAGCAGAAAACCUCAGCCCAACUGGCAAAAGAGUGGGGUCUGGAGGAUGUUGACCAUACCUUCACAGAGGAGGACUACAGAGAACUCACCAAUUACAAAGCCUUCAGCCAGUUCAUGCGGCCAAUGAUUGCAAAGAAGAAUCCGAAGAUCCCCAUGUCAAAGAUGAUGACCAUCCUGGGGGCCAAAUGGAGGGAGUUUAGCUCAAACAAUCCAUUCAAAGGGAAUGCUGCUGCUGUUGCAGCCGCUGCAGCCGCUGCCGCCAUUGCUGUUGCUGAGCAGGUCUCUGCAGCCACUGCUUCUCCAGAACCCCCUCCACAGCCUCCGCCCAUCCGCAAAGCCAAGACCAAAGAUGGCAAAGGGCCAGGCUAUAAGAAGCGCAGCAAAAGUCCACGUGUCCCAGAUAAGAAAAAAGCUCUCGCUAAGGCUAAAAAGAUGGCACCGAUUCGUAUCAAGCUAUCACCUAUAGGAGCCAAGACGAAAAGGAGUUGCUCUAGUGAUGAUAUGGAGGAGGAUGAGUCUGAGCAGGAGGACUCCAGUGUUCACAGCUCCUCCGUUCGAUCUGACAGCUCUGGACGAAUCAAAAAGAACAAGCGUGGACGGCCUGCAAAGAAGAAGAAGAAGACUAGUAAGCAUAAAUCCACAGACCUGCUUCCUGUUCUCGGUGAUGAGGAGGCAGAUGGCUAUGAGACGGACCACCAGGACUACUGCGAGGUGUGUCAGCAAGGUGGAGAGAUCAUCCUUUGUGACACUUGUCCCAGGGCCUAUCAUCUUGUCUGCUUGGAGCCCGAGCUUGACAAGGCCCCUGAGGGCAAAUGGAGCUGUCCACACUGUGAAAAAGAGGGAAUCCAAUGGGAGGCUAAAGAUGAUGACUUUGAGGAUUUUGAGGAGGACAGCGAGGACCGAGUGAUUUCGGAGGUGAGCGUUGGCAUGGUGACCGGCAACGAGGAAGAGGAGGACGACCACAUGGAGUUCUGCCGAGUUUGUAAAGACGGCGGCGAACUGUUAUGCUGUGACACUUGCACCUCCUCUUACCACAUUCACUGCCUCAACCCACCGCUGCCAGAGAUCCCCAACGGGGAGUGGCUAUGUCCCAGAUGCACUUGUCCACCUAUCAAAGGUCGUGUUCAGAAAAUUCUCCAUUGGCGGUGGGGUGAACCGCCUCCGUCCAUCCCAGUGCCUCCUGCUCCUGAUGCCCCCCCAGAUGCCCCCCUUCCGCCCCCCAUGAAAGGCAGAGCUGAGAGGGAGUUCUUUGUGAAGUUGGCUGGUCAGUCCUACUGGCACUGCACAUGGAUCACAGAACUGCAGCUGGAGAUUUUCCACUCAGUGAUGUACCGAAAUUACCAGAGGAAGACAGACAUGGACGAGCCACCCAGUCUGGAUUAUGGGUCAGGGAAUGAGGAUGAGAAUGGUGUAGUUAAGAGUGAGAAAAGAAGGGCCAAAGAUCCUCAGUAUGCUAUGUUGGAAGAUAAAUACUACAAAUAUGGCAUCAAGCCAGAAUGGAUGAUCAUACAUCGCAUCAUAAACCACAGUGUGGAUAAGAAGGGCAUGUACCACUACCUGGUGAAAUGGAGAGACCUGACGUAUGACCAAUGCACCUGGGAGAGAGAUGACAUGGAUAUCCCUGACUUUGAAAUUUACAAAGCUGCCUACUGGAGACAUAGGGAUAACAUAAUGAAAGAGGAUGACCCAGACAAGCCCAGGAAAAUGAGAAACCGAACUCAGAAUGAAGAUGGGGAUGACAGCUCUAUUCCUUCUCCAGUCAAUGAUCCAACAAUAAAAUAUGAGGAACAGCCAGACUUUGUCACAUCAACAGGGGGCACUCUGCACCUGUACCAGCUGGAGGGUCUGAACUGGCUGCGAUUCUCAUGGGCUCAGGGCACAGACACCAUCCUGGCCGAUGAAAUGGGUCUCGGCAAAACAAUCCAGACCAUUGUCUUCCUUUACUCUCUUUUUAAGGAGGGCCAUACAAAGGGUCCAUUCCUUGUAAGCGCCCCACUUUCCACCAUCAUCAACUGGGAGAGAGAGUUUGAAAUGUGGGCCCCUGACUUUUAUGUGGUCACAUACACAGGGGAUAAGGACAGUCGAGCAAUAAUCAGGGAAAAUGAGUUUUCAUUUGACGAUAAUGCAGUCAAAGGAGGAAAAAAGACAUUCAAAGUACGAAGAGAGGCUCCUAUCAAAUUCCAUGUGCUGCUGACUUCCUAUGAACUAGUGACUAUCGACCAAACAGCACUCAAGUCAAUCGAUUGGGCGUGUCUAGUGGUGGAUGAGGCUCAUCGCCUGAAGAAUAACCAGUCCAAGUUUUUCAGGCGUUUGAAUGACUAUAAAAUCGACCAUAAGCUGUUGUUGACAGGAACACCUCUGCAGAACAACCUGGAGGAGUUGUUUCACUUGCUUAACUUCCUCACUCCCAACCGCUUCAAUAAUCUCGAGGGCUUCCUCGAAGAGUUUGCUGACAUUUCCAAAGAGGACCAGAUCAAAAAGCUUCACGACCUACUGGGACCUCACAUGUUGCGGCGGCUCAAGGCUGACGUCUUCAAGAACAUGCCUGCAAAAACAGAACUGAUCGUCAGAGUGGAGCUCAGCCCAAUGCAGAAGAAAUAUUACAAGCUUAUUUUGACCAAGAAUUUUGAGGCUCUCAACUCAAAAGGUGGAGGAAACCAAGUCUCCCUGCUCAACAUUAUGAUGGACCUAAAGAAGUGCUGCAACCAUCCCUACCUCUUUCCCAGUGCUUCCAUGGAAGCCCAAAAAACUCCCAAUGGUGCUUACGAGGGGUCAGCUCUUGUUAAGGCCUCUGGGAAACUGAUGCUGUUGCAGAAAAUGUUGAGGAAACUAAAAGAGCAGGGCCACCGAGUACUGGUUUUCUCUCAGAUGACAAAGAUGCUGGACUUGUUAGAAGACUUUCUGGACCAUGAAGGUUACAAAUAUGAGAGGAUUGACGGAGGCAUCACAGGAGCUCUGAGACAGGAGGCCAUUGAUCGUUUUAAUGCUCCUGGUGCUUGUCAGUUUUGCUUCUUGCUGUCAACAAGAGCUGGAGGAUUAGGUAUCAACUUGGCCACUGCCGACACUGUUGUCAUCUUUGACUCUGAUUGGAACCCUCACAAUGACAUACAGGCAUUCAGUCGAGCUCAUCGGAUUGGACAGGCCAACAAAGUGAUGAUCUACCGCUUUGUUACUCGCGCGAGUGUGGAGGAGCGCAUCACGCAGGUGGCCAAAAGGAAAAUGAUGCUGACCCACCUGGUGGUGCGGCCAGGGCUGGGGUCCAAAGCAGGAUCCAUGUCCAAACAGGAACUGGAUGACAUCCUCAAAUUUGGAACAGAGGAGCUCUUCAAGGAUGACGGAGAAGGUAUGAAGAAACCCUCUGCAGAUAAAGCUGAGGAUGAAGGCAAUGUAAUUCACUAUGAUAGUGCUGCCAUUGAGAGGCUGCUGGACCGAAGUCAAGAUGCCACAGAUGACACAGAUGUUCAGAACAUGAACGAGUACCUCAGCUCCUUCAAAGUGGCCCAGUACAUGGUCCGAGAGGAGGAUAAGAUUGAGGAGAUCGAACGGGAGAUCAUCAAACAGGAGGAGAAUGUGGAUCCAGAUUAUUGGGAGAAGCUAUUGCGGCAUCACUAUGAGCAACAACAAGAAGAUCUUGCGAGCAAACUGGGCAAAGGAAAACGAAACCGCAAGCCUGUCAACUACAAUGAUGCAGCGCAGGAGGAUCAAGAGUGGCACGCUGACAUUUCAGACAAUCAGUCCGAGUACUCAGUGGGCUCCGAGGAAGAGGACGAAGACUUUGAUGACAGACCAGAAGGUCGGAGGCAGUCACGUCGGCAGCUCCGGAACGAUAAGGAUAAACCUCUCCCUCCUCUCUUGGCUCGAGUGGGAGGCAAUCUUGAGGUUUUGGGCUUCAACACACGGCAGCGCAAGGCUUUCCUGAAUGCCGUGAUGCGCUGGGGGAUGCCAUCUCAGGACGCUUUCUCUUCUCAGUGGCUGGUUAGAGAUCUCAAGGGCAAAACUGAGAAAGAAUUCAAGGCAUACGUAUCCCUCUUCAUGCGUCACCUGUGUGAGCCAGUGGCAGACGGAGCUGAGACUUUCGCAGACGGCGUUCCCAGGGAAGGCCUCUGUCGGCAGCCUGUCCUCACGCGGAUCGGUGUCAUGUCACUGGUCAAAAAGAAGAUUCAAGAGUUUGAGCACAUCAACGGGCGGUGGAGUAUUCCAGAGCUCAAACCUGAAGUCACUCUGGACAAAUCCUCCUCGCGGGCGUCCUCUCCUGCCAUGAAAACUGCCACUCCCACACCAGACGCCAGCUACAACAACACACCAUGCACCUCAAAGCCAGCUACUCCAGCUCCAUUAGACAAAAGUGAGAAGAAUGGAAAAGAUGCAGAGAAAGAGGAGGAGGAGAAGGAGGACGAAGCUCCAGACAAACAGAAAGAAAAGGAUGAUGGCAAAGAGGAGAGCAACAAAAGUGUUGAGGCAGAGGAGCCCUCUCCAAAAGACACACCACACACUGGAUCUCCUAGUCAGAAACUUGAAGGCAAAGAAGAAGUCGGAGUAAAAGAGUUUGAGAAGAAGGAUGACACAAAAGCUGCAUCAAACGAGGAGAAAAACCUUCAAGAGGAAAGUAAAGAUGACACUAACUCCACAGCAAAACAAGACGUCAAAGACGAGAAGACAGAUGAAGAAAACAAAAGGAAAGAAGCAAAAGAAGAAAAAGAAAAAGAGAAGCCCCAGGAGACUCCUCUAACAGAGGCGGCUGAUACCAAAGCCAAGACAGAGGCAUCAGACACAAAGAAAGAAGAGGUAAAAAGUGAAAAGGAUGCUGUGAAAGAAGUGAAAGCAUCAAAAGAUGACGUACCGAAGGGGAACGGGAAACCUCCCACAGAAAGGCCUCGCUUUAUGUUUAACAUCGCGGAUGGGGGAUUCACCGAGCUCCACACUCUCUGGCAGAAUGAGGAGCGCGCUGCUAUCUCCUCUGGGAAGAUGAACGAGAUCUGGCACCGGCGACAUGACUUCUGGCUGCUGGCUGGGAUUGUGGUACAUGGAUAUGCUAGGUGGCAGGACAUCCAAAAUGACCCUCAAUUUGCCAUUGUCAAUGAGCCCUUCAAGUCACAGGCAAAUAAGGGCAACUUCCUGGAGAUGAAGAACAAGUUCUUGGCCCGGCGAUUUAAGCUGUUAGAGCAGGCUCUUGUGAUUGAGGAGCAGCUGCGACGGGCGGCCUACCUGAACAUGACCCAGGACCCCAGCCACCCAGCCAUGGCCCUGAAUGCCCGCUUCGCCGAGGUGGAGUGCCUUGCCGAGUCUCACCAGCACCUCAGCAAAGAGUCACUGUCAGGGAACAAGCCAGCCAAUGCCGUACUACACAAAGUGCUGAACCAGUUGGAGGAGCUGCUGAGCGACAUGAAGGCAGAUGUUACCAGGCUACCCGCCACCCUGUCCCGUGUCCCACCCAUCGCCGCGCGGCUACAGAUGUCCGAGAGGAGCAUCCUGAGCCGACUGGCCAGCAAAGGCACAGAAACACAUGCUGCUCCGCCCAUCCCUCCUGGACCCUACGCCACCCCUCAAAACUACGGAGCACCUUUCACCCCCGCACCCCCCAGCGCCCUGCACCUUGGAGGGGCCAACUACAGCCAGAUGCCGCCCGGAUCUUUCAUAUCAGUGUUGAACGGGCCUCCCAUGUCUGUGAAGAAGGAACGCGAGGCCGAACUUCUCAUCAACCGACGGGAGCAGCGCAGCGGAGAAGUCAUCUGUAUCGACGACUAAACCCCGCCCCCACACAGUGUUUAACCCAUUGACUGACCGAAGGCGUACCUUGUUUUUGAUUGUACUAGCUCCUAUAGCCGACACUUUUACAGAGCUGUAGAUUUGGGAAACAAUUGUUAUUAUUUUUUUUAGCACUAACUGGUACUCCUUCAUGAAACGCAGUAUUCCCACGCACAUGUGCACUUACUGUCCGCGCAUACAGUCCAUCAGAUUCUUGUAACUAUCUCUGCCUCAAACCAAGACUCCUCAUGAUGACCAAGGCCUCCAAAACGGGCUUGGCGCUCCUCUAGAGAUGCUAUUUACUAACCUCGCCUACUUGGAAACAUCUUUCCUUACAACUCAACAGGAAACUGCAUGAUAAUCUCUCCAUCCCUCAAAGCAUGCUCUAAACACAAUAUAAAGUAAAAUAAUCAUAAAAAUAACAGCUGUGCCUACAAUUGUUUUAAUACUGUCUAUUUUUUCUGAGAUGCUUUUACUCAGUCUUGGGAGUAUUUGAGCACAGCGCCUCCUUUUUGCAUUUUUUCAACGGUACUUAUAGAUAAGCAACGCAAGGUGUAAUAAUUUUGGAUUUCCUGCUGCCGUCCCGCAACACUCCACUCUUUGCCAUUUUGAAUUUCAUCCUUGUACAGAGCUAUGAGGUAUCUCUGGGGCUACAUGGCAAACGUGCCAAGCCUCAACAAUGCUAUUUUUCAGAAAAUAUCUCCUAUGAAUGUUUAUAACCUUUCAUAAGUAAGCCAGUGUUAUCAGACCUACCCUUCUACACUCCUCAAUGCUAUGUUUUCCAAAUUUCUAUUACUUUCUACCAAUCCUGUGAUAUACUUUGCAUAUUUAAGCAUUUGUGAUUAUCUCUUGUGUUUUUACUCUACACAGUUCUGAAUAUUGUUGUCGUCGAUGUUGCUGUUUUAUUCUUGUUGCUACUAUUUGAGAAAGAGCUUCUACCAAAAGAGACAUUUUUUGUAACAAUGUGUGCAACAGGAUGCACUUAAAUUUGCCAUGUUUGUUCUAUAACUCCAAGAGAACGAAGAAGUUGGCCUGUAACUUCAGAAGUGGAUAUUACACAUUUUUUUUGCUUACAUUUUAGAUUUGGGGCUUGCAAAUAACAUGUAUGAAACUAUGUAACCCUAAAGGCUACUAUAAGCAAAUAAAAAUGUAUCUUAUUGAAUUUCAAGUAUUAUACUUAAAAAUCCUAGGCUGGAAAUCCAUUUUAUACAGUUAUCAUUAAAAAGCGCCUUAAUAAUCAUAGCUGGAAAUGUAAGUCAUCAAAUUAAUUUAUGAACCUGAUGUCAAUUGUAAAUCCUAGUGUAGUUUCAUUUAAUUUAACUAAAAGUGUCGAAGAGUUGUUCCCAUUCCCAUGCGUUUUGCACGGUUCUAACCAGGAAAUUCAGUCCAAUUUCCGAGGUUGUUGCAACCCCCGAGCUAAAAUGUUGCGUCGCUAAAACGAAAGCACUUAGUUCUUUUUCUCCAUGUUUCUCCUUGUCGUCUGGGCAGGAUUUUGUGUUCAUUUCUGGGUAUCUUGUGUCACUGUGUAUGUAGUGAUCAAACGAUGAGUGACAGUGAAAACAUGUCAAUAAUGACGCAUCUUUUAUUUUCUUUUCCUUUUUUGGUUUUUAAUAAAACUGAAUGAAUCAA